AUGGCAAGUAUACAUCGACCAGACAGUGCCCUUAUUUAUGAUUCACCCAAUAUUUCUCUUCUUGACAUCAUUACAGAAAAAAACAAGAUUGUGAACAAGCGACAAAUAUUACAUCGUUUGAUUUACAUUGCAAGAAUUGCCCCUACAGUUAAUAACAAAAAAGAAAUUGGAGAUUAUUUUCAAAAUCUAUUCCGCAAAUACGUAACCGAUUUUGAAGGCGAUGGUAUAACAGGAUUAUUACUUGUUUACCCAUAUCAUGUUAUGCAUAUUCUUGAGGUAUCUUCUGAAGCACUAAAUGAUAUCAUCAAAGAACAGGAGCUGAGUGAAGCGAAUAAUACGUAA